GAAACUUGAAUUUCUUUUACUUAUUUCAAUAAAUGUUUAGGAGCAACAGUUUCUUCUAAAAUUCCAAAAUUAUGGAGAAUAUAUUUCUAAUUUUAUUAAAAAUAUUAAUUAUUCACAGUUGUCUAUCAACUAAUUACAAAAUUUUUACUGAUUCCAAAUCUAUUCAGACAAGUGAAAAAUCGACUCAUUCUGUAAUAAAAAGAGAAAAUGGGGUUGUUACAGAAUCAUUCAAUAUUCCUAAUAGUGGAGUCGUGAAAAUAAACUUCCCUAAAGCUGACCCUAGUAGAAAUUCGGUUGAACGUAUUAAACGUGCAUGUCCUAAUUCUAGAUUCCUGAGAACUACUAGAUCUUCUGAUUAUUCCAGGAGGAAAAACUUUAUUAAUGCAAAAAGGGGAUAUCCAAGAAAAUCUCCACAAGCAUUUGUAAAAAAACAUCCAAAAAUAUUUCCAAAAAAUUAUCAAAGUAAAUCCUCAAAAAAUUCUCCAAAAGCAUUUGUAAAAAAAUAUUCAAAAAAAUUAUCUGCAAAAGCUGCAAAAAAUUUUAUAAAUAUAGUACCAAAAAAGCUUAACUCAUAUCGACAGAACUAUAAUAAACACACUCAUACCCCUAAAAGAAGCAACCGAUACCAAAACAAAAGGUACCAGCCAAAAAAAUACAAAAAAGCCAAAUAUUCAAAACCCUCCAAUAAAGCAAAAGCACUCAGAUCUUUUACGAGACCAAAAUCUUCUAAGACUCAGCUACAUAAGCGACCAUAUGGAACGCACACACCCGGCCGCAUACAUAGAAUGAAAUCCUCAAUGAGUCGUGCAAACCAGGAGAAUUUAAUUCCUUACAAUUACUGGAACCGAAUCUAUAAACCAAAAAGUCUUCGUGAAACCACGAAUGUUAAAGUGACAACACCAGCUAAUACAUUAGUAGGGACAACGAACCCUGACGCGUAUGCUACUCUAGCUGGUGAAUUAGAUACUGGGAACAAUGACAAUGCUGGAACAACUGAAGAUUUUGAAGAAGAUGACGAUUCAUUUGAAAAUUUAGAUGAUGAUGGAGAUGAGGGAGACGAAGUUGAAGAUGGAGAAAUCGACGAUGAAGUGACAACUAAUGUUCCAGAGAUUCAAACUCAAACAUAA